AUGGCAUCUUGGUGGCCACGUCAUGCCGAUGCCGAUGUGCUGUGGGUGUUCUACGAGGACAUGAAAGAAGAUUUGCAGACACAAGUUGAGCGUGUGGCCGCCUUUAUGGGGAUCGCAGACCCAGCUGUUGUCUCACAAGCCGUCCACAAGUCAACGUUCGCCUUCAUGAAGGAGCACGAGGGGCAGUAUCGAGACUUGCCCCUGAAGCGCAAUCGCAACACGGCAAUCGGUCUGAGUGCGGAUGCUGGCAUGGGACAAGGCAAAGUGCGUGUUGGUGGCGGACAGCAGCAUAUGCUCAGCGACCGUGCCAGAGCGGCUCUGGACGAGGCAUAG